AUGGGGACGCUGCUGAAACGGAAAGAUAUCCCACCGUGGGUCAGAGUUCCCGAAGAUCUGAAAGAUCCCGAGGUGUUUCUGGUCCAGACGCGGCUGCUGGAAGCCAUGUUUGGCCCAGACGGAUCUCGAAUCCCGUACAUCGAGCAAGUGAGCAAAGCCAUGCUCGAGUUGAAGGUUCUGGAAUCCUCGGACUUCACCGAGGUUGUGGUUUACGGCAAUUAUUUGUACAAGCUCCGAACCAAGUGGAUGCUUCAGUCCAUGGCCGAGAGGCACCGCCUGCGGCAGGAGCGAGGGAUGCUCAAACUUGAGGAAGCCAUGAAUGCUCUUGAGCUAGGCCCUUCGAUGAAGUGA